GAAGAAGAAGAUUCAGGCAGCAGCCUGCCCACAGUUAUGCCCGCGCAAUACAAGUCUCUUGUUUACAUCGGUAAAAGGAGAUUGAGGUGCUCUUCGAAAACAUGUUUCUGUCACUGUAAAAUACGCCAACGUUACGAAGUGAAUGCCCAGCUGUCCUAAUUACAAACUACUGCACCUUUCUCACAUUGGAUCUGCAUAUUAGUGGUUCAGAUCACAUCAGGUCACUAUGUUGAUAAGCCCAGAUCAGGAGGCCCUGAUUGGCCGGGUGUUUGAAACCUACCUGUCAGAGCACCAUCAUGGGGACAUUCUCCACCUUCUUGCAGACACUGAUGAAGACACCCAUUGCCCUGUUGUUGUUAAUGCCAUGACUCUGUUUGAAGCCAAUAUGGAGGUUGGGGACUAUUUCAACGCCUAUCCCAAUGCUGUCCUGGCUAUAUUCGAUAAAGUGUUACACAGAACAGCCCUGGAGUUAUCAGAGAGAGCCUCUCCCAAGCACCACGGAGGACAACGAACAAAGGAGAGAAUGAGACACACUCUUCAUGCUCGCAUUACAGGUCUGCCAGUGUGUCCAGAGCUGACCAGAGAAACCAUUCCCAGGUCCAGAGACGUGGGACACUUUCUGUCUGUCACUGGUACUGUCAUACGCACCAGUGUUGCCAAGGUUUUGGAAUACGAGCGUGAUUACAUGUGCUCCAAGUGUCGCCACGUGUUCACACUGCAGGCUGAUUUCGACCAAUUCUACACCUUCGUCCCACCGGCUGCCUGUCCCAACCCUGUUGUCUGUAAUUCGUACAAAUUCAGCUGUUUGUCUGGAGGAUCUGAGCCUGCUGCCUGCAGGGACUUCCAGGAGAUCAAGAUACAAGAGCAAGUGCAGAGGCUGUCAGUGGGCAGUAUUCCUCGGUCGAUGGUGGUGGUUCUGGAGGAUGACCUUGUUGACAGUUGUAAAUCUGGAGAUGACGUGACUGUUUAUGGGGUGAUGUGUCAGCGCUGGAAGCCCUUUUACGAUGUCACUCGCUGUGAUGUGGAGCUGGUCCUCAAAGCCAACAACAUAGAAGUGAACAACCAGCAGGCUGCUUCUGCUCUUCUCUUGAAGGACGUUCAGAAAGAGUUUGAAGACUUCUGGGAUAGCUACAAACAUGAUCCCAUAGCUGGUAGGAACCAGAUGUUGUUGAGCCUGUGCCCACAGGUGUUUGGCAUGUAUGUGAUUAAACUAGCGGUAGCCAUGGUGUUGGCUGGCGGAGUGCAGAGAAUAGAUUCUUCUGGGACCAAGAUCAGAGGUGAGAGUCAUUUGUUGCUGGUUGGGGACCCUGGCACAGGGAAGUCUCAGUUCCUGAAGUAUGCAGCUAAGAUCAUGCCUCGCUCUGUACUCACAGCUGGAAUUGGAUCAACAAGUGCAGGACUGACGGUAGCAGCAGUGAAAGAUGGCGGUGACUGGCAUCUGGAGGCCGGAGCCCUGGUCCUAUCAGAUGGUGGUUUGUGCUGCAUUGAUGAAUUCAACAGCAUCAAGGAACAUGACCGCAUCAGCAUCCAUGAAGCUAUGGAACAACAGUCUAUUAGUGUGGCCAAAGCUGGUAUAGUGUGUAAGCUGAACACUCGGACCACCAUCCUGGCAGCUGCCAACCCUAAAGGCCAGUAUGACCCCAACGAGCCGCUGUCUGUGAAUGUCGCUCUGGCCAGCCCUCUGCUGAGUCGCUUCGACCUGGUUCUUGUUCUGCUGGACACCAGAAACGCAGAGUGGGACCGCAUCAUCUCCUCUUUUAUUCUGGAGGACAAAGGUCUGCCUGCCGAGUGUGCCAGCCUGUGGUCCAUGGAGAAAAUUAAGACUUAUUUCAGUUUGAUUAAGCGCUUGAAGCCACAAGUGUCUGAAGACGCCAACAGCAUCUUGACACGUUACUACCAGCUGCAGAGACAGAGUGACAGCCGCAACGCUGCCCGCACCACCAUCCGCAUGCUGGAGAGUCUGAGCAGACUGGCUGAAGCACACGCCAAGCUCAUGUACAGAGAGACGGUGACCAUAGAGGAUGCUGUCAUGGCCGUCUCCGUCAUGGAGUGCUCCAUGCAGGGCGGUGCUUUGCUGGGAAAUGUAAAUGCAUUACUCACCUCAUUCCCAGACGACCCAGCUCAGCAGUAUCACGUUCAGUGUCAUGUACUGCUGGAAGGGCUGAACCUGCCUCAGCUUCUUCAGAAGGAGAUUGACAGACAGGCCAGGCUGAAGAGCAGCACCUCCCAGUUUGACCCACCAACUGAUAAUUACCAACAUCAAUUCAGAGACACAAAGUCCAUCAACAAAACACACUGCCAUGACAACACCAGUAACCAGGGUGAUGUCACGGUGGAGAGUGGCUUGAACUGGUUCCACUCCAUCACUUCAUCAUCAGAUGGUACGGCCUCGUCCAUAAUCACAUCAACUCAAGAAAACCUAAAUAGAAAACCAAACUCCAGCUGGUCAGAAAUGUCGACAGUUAGCAAACAGCCACACUGUCAAACUGAGAAGGACUUUGUAAGUAGCGCUGACUCAUCUUUAAACCAGGACGUUGUUUCAAAUCCUUUUGGAACAAUUAGCUCUGCUUCAGAAGAAAAACAAAGAAAAAGUGAGAAAAAUGAAAACAUCAAAGAAAAAUGCACUUUAAAGCAAUCUGAGAGACGGAAAGAUAAAGAGCAUCCGGAGUCGUUGGAGUGUGUGUUUCAGAAAGUCUCCAAGAGUCUGAGAGACAGAAGAAGGGAGUUGGAGCUGAGUCAUCAUCAGUGUGAUGAAGAGGGAGGAGGAGGACACGGAGAGAGGGUGGUGCCUGGAGAUGUGACUGAUGUUGUAGACACGACUUUAGAUUCCCACACGAGCAACACACUGUCAUCACGUAAGAACUGCCCUUCUAAUAACACGUCGGAGGACAAGAGGGACCAGACUCCCACUAAGAACAUCAGUACUACACUAAAGGAAAAGAUGGCAGCUGAAUCUGUAACAAGUAAAGAAUUGCAUGCAAAGUUGUCAGUCUUUGGAUUCAAACCAAAGAAGAUGGCCCGCAACCGUAGUGCCAGCCCAGACAUCAGCACGGAGUUCCAAACCGCUUGUAACUCAGGCAGCAGAGCUCCUCACACAGACAGCAGAAUGAUUAAACACAAGCCAGUAAGUCAUAAUGAAUCAGCCGGCCCACUGGCAGACACAGAGAAGACUAAAAGAAAGAAAAGACAGAACCGGUACCAAAGUGUUUCAGAAGGCGCAUGCAGUAGACAACAGGUGAGCUGUGUCAGUGAGGCGGGAGAGAGUGGCUCUGAAGCCAGUGUUUGUUUUACACCAAAAGAGCUGGAUAAGGAUGAUUUUUCCUUUGGAAAGGGUGAAGAACAAAGAACCAGAGAUGACGUUGGUGAUGAGACUAAAGUAUGUAGCUUCGCUUGUACCCCUCCUUUAAAACCAAACACUUGCAUCAGUGAUCCAGCAACUCCCAAGUCAGGCCACACCAAGUCGGCUGUGGCCUCUUCAACCCUGGCUAAACUCUCAAGAUUCUCGUUCCCCUGCACAACUGAACCCACAACCACAGCUCAAACGAAAGUGGAAAAAGGUCCACUUAAACGAGAUGGUGCGGAAGGUUCAAGAGGAAGUUCUAAAGACGAGCAAACUCUAAAUCUCCCGGAAUACAGUCCCUUAUUACGAAAGAUCAAAACUGCAGUGACCGUGGGAAAAGUAAAGGACAUAUUACCCCCCGCAGCCACAGAGCUCACACCAGGACAAGAACAUGAACAAGGGACACCAACUAAAGCAAAGCACGCAGAGCUUACUCGUGCUGCAACCCGCAUGAAUGAUGGUCCUGUUGACUAUCAAAGCUCUGCCAAUCUGAAGAAGAGGAAGUGUUUUGAGCUGGGCCCUCCACUAAGUAGUGUUGGUGGCUCCAAGACUCCGUUCUCAGGACUGUCUAUGUUUGGCUCUGAGUUAAGUAAUGAUGUUCUUGACACAGACUGGGACCAAGAGGUUUCAAAGAAACCCAAAAUUUGAAAUCAUCGUCUGUUUGAGAGAAAAAAAGAAAAUAAUACCACAGUAAUGCAAUCAUAUUUUGCUGUGGGGCAUAUCAAUUACAUUCUUUGCCUGAUGUAUUAUUCAGUUACCUGCUGUAGUCUGAAAAUAAACCCGUGAAAUUGUGCGAGAAGUUCAGGCGUUCAACCUGGAACUGUAUUUUUUCUCUGUUUCCUCUUAUACCUGGAAAGACUGGAACCAUAAACUUAGCAAUGUUCUGUCAUUAAGAGAAGCUUUCGUAAUUUCUUUAGCCUAUUACCAACAUAACCUCAGAUGUUAUGAGUGGUCAGUAGCCCUUCUGUACAGAUAUUUUUAAUUUUAUUUUUAUUGUUACUUACUUUUUAAUGGAGGGAGGGUGGGCAGAUGUGUAAUGUUAUAUGAUAUAUGUCUUUAAGAUACUGGAUGCCUAAAUUUCCCUAAGGAUGAAUAAAGUAUUUAUCUAUCUCUA